AUGCCUUCUCGGGGAUCUUAUCAAAUAGCUAGGGUAGGAGAAGGCAAAGCAGCCGAGCGGGAUGAAUCUUACAAAAGUUGCAUUGCAACAUUAUUAAUAUUUCUUUUUCUCAUUAUUAUCUUUAUCGUGGCCGGUUUACUGUGGAAAAAACCUAACACUUACUACCCUACAGAAGAAGACACAUAUGUAGGAACAGCGCAGCAUCAUCAUCACGAACAUGAAGUAGAGCAUCAUACCAAACGAACGACAACUACGACGACAAUUAAGUAUUACUUAGAUCCUACAAUUUCUUCUGUGGAUGAAUCGAAUUCAUCCUCUGCAGAUGAAUCAACUUCUUCCUCUGUGGAUGUAUCGAAUUCAUCCUCUGCAGAUGAAACAUCUUCAUCUUCUGUGAAUAAAUCAACUUCUUCCUCUGUGGAUGAAUCGAAUUCAUCCUCUGCAGAUGAAACAACUUCAUCUUCUGUGAAUAAAUCGAAUUCAUCCUCUGUGGAUGAAUCAACUUCAUCCUCUGCAGAUGAAACAACUUCAUCCUCUGUGAAUGAAUCGAAUUCAUUCUCUGUAGAUAAAUCGGAAAAGUUAGAAACCACAUUACCCUUCGAGGUAUCGACUCAAGAAUAUGACGUAGUAACUAUCACAAGUCGGAAUUAUGAUUAUGCAUCUAAAUUUGAGAAACUCUUAAACGCUGAAACUACCACGGAAAAUAUAUCAACAAUCGUAACAACCAAUAACGAGUCUACAAUUGAGAAACAAUUAUACGAUGAUUCAACAAUUGAUUCUUUCGUGGAAAGUAAUAAUACAUUAACUUCGACCACGGAAGAAUAUGAAGUAAGCAGUAUCGAUCAAUUUAAGAUCGAUACCACGGAAGCUCCUACUUCUACGGAUUCAAAUUCGAUUAGCGAAGAAACCUCGUUCGGUAAAUACGAAACUACAACGUACAAUAAUGUUACCGAAAAUGAGGAAAAUGUCACGAUGGAAUCCACCACUGAAAGUUUUCGAAAUUCAGUUACUCAAUUUACAACAUUGAGUAUGAUGAAACAUACCACCAUGAGCGAACCUAUAAUUACGAGUACUAAUUCACCGAAUAAUAAACAAAUAUGUGAAUCAGGUGAAUGUAAAAAUCUGGCAAGCAAAAUCUUGUUUUACAUGAAUCACACGAUGACCGAUCCGUGUGACGAUUUUUAUGAAUAUGCUUGUGGUGGCUUCGAGGCCAAUCCGCAGACUAUAGAUAGGAAUUUGGAAGAUGUGGCUUAUCAACGCAUUUUACGACAAAUGCAGUUGGAAAAUUACGAAGGUAAAUCGACACUUUUCUCCAAAUACUAUAACAGCUGCAUACAAUAUGAAAACGUGAAUAUAACGGAAAGGAUCAAGCUGGCGAAAAAGGAGUUAGACAGGGUAGGAAAGUUUUACACUACCAGCAGUUGGGCUAAACAUCAUACAAACUUCACCGAGCUGCUGGCUAAACUAUUAUUAAACAACAGAGCUUUAUUGUUCGACGUCACACCAGACCUAGAUGAGUAUUCUCCAAAGCAAUUCACCCUUAAAAUAGGUCCGACUAUGAACAACAAUCCGUUCAACGCUAAUAAAUUUAAUACGGAUGAUCCCUGUUACGCGAGUCAAUUCGAAAGAGAAAAAGAGGAGGUGAACCUAAACCAACUGUACACGGACUAUGAAACGUGCAAAAAAAACACACAAGAGUACAUAAAAUCCAUCCAAGAAGCCUUAGAAACUUUCGACGUGUUCAACGAGCUGAACAAUUCGUACAAUAUCUCCCAGUACAUAAAACUCACAUACAUUAGCAUCGAUCUGGAGAUAGUGCAAAAAUUUUUCGCGAAUUUCCCGUCCACGGACAAAAUUCACGAGACAUAUCUUAUGAAGAACUACACGCUCGUCUCCAUCGAGGAAUUGGAGAAAAAUUUUCCAAUUAUAAAUUGGUCGCAACUAAUUUAUAAUCUAACGAAGGAGGUGAUUGUACCGAAAACAAAGGCGAUGUUACUGCAUAACGCGCUAUUAGGAUUGUAUGCACGCAAUCUUUAUCACGAGUUAGUUUUAUCGAAACAUCGAGACAUUGAAAGACAGUGCAUUCACGUAGCCGCGAAUCUUCUAAUCUCGGAAGCUUCGAACUUGUACAUCUCUUCAUUUUCGAAGGAUCAACUCACGCAUAUGAAUAAGACUAUAUAUAGUUUGUUCGGGAAACUUAAAGAGACAUUAAAAUUAAAAAUCAAGGAGGUAGAGUGGCCGACAAAAGAGGGACGUAACGCGUUGAUCGCAAAAAUAGAUAGUCUGAAAGUUGUUGUGCCUGAUAUUUCAUAUUUUACCGAUGGUAAAUCGACUUAUAUGAUAAACAAAGCAAGCGAGGUAAAUUUAUCAGAUAAUUAUUUCGAGAAUACGGUGACUUUGAUGCAAAUGUAUCGAAAGCUAAUAUACGCAGAAUUCUUUACAAAUCCGGACUAUCCUGAACAAAUCUGGACACACUACGCAACACCGUACCAGUCCAAAGGGCUUGCGAUUUAUGGGCUGAAUCUUGUUAUAAUACCAUUUGGUGUGAUAGACUGGUCCAUGAACUAUGACGAACAUUUGUUUGAUUACAUAACAUUGGCGACACUCGGUAACGUAAUAGCACACCAAAUUGCUCAUCACUUCGACGCAAAUGGUAUCUAUUAUUGGAAUGGGACACGCGAUGCCAAGAACUCUUUGUUACACGAUAAUAAUUCUACAUACAUGAAUUUCAAGGAGUACAUUAACAAUCAAAGAAGUGUCUUUGAUAAAAAUCUUAUAAGUAUGACGUUAGCGUCCACAGGACAAACUGUGCAUUACGAAAUUUCGCAAUUGACACUAAACGAACGUCUCUCUGAGACAAUGGGACUCAGAUUAGCUUAUGAUACUUUGGAUCGACUGAGAUCACCUGAGGAAGUUCAUCUUCCUUGGCUUGAACUUAAUGUCGAGCAGUUAUUCUAUCUCACCUAUGCUCAGAUGCACUGUACGAAGACACCACUUACGUCAUCGUAUAUAUCACUAUACGAGAACGAACAGCUACCAAGUCGAAUUCGUAUUUUCGUCUCUGCGUUUAACAACAGGCUUGUCGGCGAAGCUUGGAACUGUCCGGAAGGUUCACGGAUAAUGCCAAGUUACUCUUGUAGCGCAUUUCCGUAUCUUCAGUGUAACGAAACAACCGAAACAGCCGAAGCGAUGGAAGUAACUAUGAUGCGUAAAUGAUACAGCGACCAGUUUUUUUUUUCUUUUAUAAGGAAGCGUGAUUAAGUGGUAACAACGCUCUCCAUUUAUUCUCAGGAACAAGAUUUUUUUUUUCAUAACAUUCACACGCAAACAGGCGCAGUAUGCAAACAUCAGACGAGCACAUACAUUCAUCAGCAGCCUAGUAAAUUUGUUUAACUUUUUCGACUAGAACAUUUGAUAGUGUAAAGAAUUCACCCUUAAGUCUGUCGUUU